AUGUCGGACACAGAGCUCUUUUUUGAAGAAGAUAUUAGCAUUGAUCGAGAGCUAAUUGUUGUGGUUCGAGCAAAUCGGUUUUUAUACAACAAGACUGAAAAGUUGUAUGCCAAUGGAGACGUAAAAACCGAAGCAUGGAAGCAGGUUGGCGCGAGCCUAACUAAUCCAAUAGAAGGUCCUGCUGCCGAGAAGAGAUUUUAUGUUCUGAGACAGCGCUUUGGGACAGAGCGGAGAAAAAUUGUGCAGUCCAUGCCAAGAUCUGGAGCUGGAGCAGACCAGUUUACAUACAAAUCAAUGUGGCCAUUAUACAAGGACCUCAUAUUCUUGGAGGAUAUUAUCAAACCUAGAAAGUAA